AUGUCUGCUUCUUUCACUCGCCUGGCGGGCAAUGCGCCCAAAAGGCUUUCUCUCCGCCCCUCCACUUUCAGACACACUGCCAUCCCCAGAUCCCGUUCGAUAGCAACCUCUCUUCCCCGUCAAUAUGCCGAGCCCACCAGCUACCAGGCCACCAGACUCGUCCCGACUGACCCGACCUUCACAUCUUUGGCCAACAAGGGAGCUGCCGAAGAGCCCGACACUGCCGCCGCUCUCGAGUCCGAGGCCGAAGGGGUCAACCGCAAGAUUCGUCACUACACUGUCAACUUCGGUCCCCAGCAUCCCGCUGCUCACGGUGUGCUUCGAUUGAUUCUGGAGCUCAAUGGCGAAGAGAUCGUCCGUUCCGACCCCCACGUCGGAUUGCUUCACCGUGGUACCGAGAAGUUGAUUGAGUACAAGACCUACAUGCAGGCUUUGCCGUACUUCGACCGAUUGGACUAUGUCUCCAUGAUGACAAACGAGCAGUGCUUUGCUUUGGCUGUCGAGAAGUUGCUGAACGUUGAGAUCCCCGAGAGAGCCAAGUGGAUCCGGACAUUGUUUGGAGAGAUGACCCGAAUUCUUAACCACCUCAUGUCUGUUCUUUCUCACGCUAUGGAUGUUGGUGCUUUGACGCCUUUCCUGUGGGGUUUCGAAGAGCGUGAGAAGCUCAUGGAAUUCUACGAGCGAGUUUCCGGUGCCCGUCUCCACGCUGCCUACGUCCGCCCUGGUGGUGUGUCGCAAGAUCUUCCCAUUGGUCUUCUUGAUGAUAUCUACCAAUGGGCUACCCAGUUCGGUGACCGCAUCGAUGAGACUGAGGAACUGCUGACAGAUAACCGUAUCUGGAAGGCCAGAACCCAGGGUGUUGGUGUCGUCAAGGCCGCCGACGCUCUGAACAUGAGUUUCACUGGUGUCAUGCUCCGUGGAUCUGGUGUGCCAUGGGAUAUCCGCAAGUCUCAGCCAUAUGACGCUUACGACCAGGUCGAGUUUGACGUUCCCGUUGGUGUCAACGGUGACUGCUAUGACCGUUAUCUGUGCCGUAUGGAGGAGUUCCGUCAGUCCCUCCGCAUCAUCCACCAGUGCCUGAACAAGAUCACACCCGGUCCCGUUCGCGUUGAGGACUACAAGAUCUCGCCCCCUCCCCGUGCCGCCAUGAAGGAGAACAUGGAGGCUCUCAUCCACCACUUCCUUCUGUUCACCAAGGGUUACUCUGUCCCCCCUGGCGAGACCUACUCUGCCAUUGAGGCCCCCAAGGGUGAGAUGGCUGUGUUCUUGGUCAGUGACGGUAGCGAGAGACCUUACCGCUGCAAGAUCCGUGCUCCUGGAUUUGCUCACUUGGGUGGAUUCGACCAAGUAUCGCGUGGUCACCUUUUGGCUGACGCUGUCGCUAUUAUCGGAACAAUGGAUCUUGUGUUCGGUGAAGUCGACAGGUAG